AUGAGGCGACACGCCGCUUUGGCGUGCCUGCUCCUGGCCGUGUUUGCAGGGAACGAGAUCAAUCAGGCGAUAGGACAGCAGCCUCUCCAGCUUGGUGAGGGCACGAACGAGCCUGAAGAUGAGCCUACGCUGUGGACACCUCUUCGCAAUCUGUUGCAAUUCAGUUUCAGCGGUGGCGGGGGUGUCACCAGUUCGAAGGGGUCAGGCUCAGGUUCUUUAUCCGUCACCGCCGACAAAUCCAGCUCCUCUGGCUCCACGCCGUCCUCGUCAUCGGACACCCCUGCUUCUUCGUCAUCAACCCCUGCUUCUUCAUCAGACACCCCCUCCACUUCAACUACUGUGUCAACUUCCGUCGGCACCAACUCGGCCGCGGCGGCCGCCGGCGCUGCCGCUGCCUCGGAGGGCUCCACUUCAGCUUCCACAUCAACAUCCGCGGCGGCUGGAGGUGACUCCACGUCAUCGUCAGACCCGCCAGCCACCCCGUCUGAUCCACCCGCAUCCCCAUCCGAUCCACCCGCCUCCCCCUCAGAUCCACCUCCCUCGGAUCCACCCCCCUCAGAUCCACCCCCGUCGGAUCCGCCAGCCGCGCCCUCCAAGACUGUGGUUGUUACUAAGAAGAAAUCUCCUCCGCCAGAAGUGGUCGUCAAAAAAUCACCCACUCCCACACCCAAGAUUGUGGUGAAGAAGGAGGCGCCCUCUCCGCCGCCACCAACCAAGAUCAUCCUGAUCAAGAAGAUCUACUCGCCACCUCCGCCGCCGCCCGAGAAGAUUAUUAUCAUCGUGCCGCACUCGCCACCGCCCCCCGCCAAGAAGGUGGUGGUUGUGCCGGCUCCCAAGACACCCAGCCCCACACCAGUGACAACCGUCAGCGGAGUGAGCGGCGUCAGCGGCACAACCAGCCCCGCCCUCACACCGGUGGUGACCACACCAGUCGCUGACGCACCCACAACAGCAACCACAGUCCCUGCCGACGCGCCUGAAAUAUCAACCACCCUUGCGGCCGACGCGCCUCUGAGCGGGACGACACCAGCGGCCGCGGCUCCGGCCACCGAGACGACGCCGGUGCCGGAAGUGCCGGCCGUGCCGGCCGGCGGCCGCCGCAGCGGCCGGUCGCGCCGCCACGCGCGCCGCUGA